GGGUGCAAUUUGAGCUCGCCAGUAAGGGGUGACACUGUUUAUAAAGACUGUGUUGUAGGCUACUUAAAAUUAGGAAGGCAUUUCCCUUCAGUUUCCUGCAGAUGGGCGUCAUCUUUGCAAAUAUCAAGGGAGAGGCAGACAGGGAGAGGAGUAAGGAGAGUAUCUUUUUUUGUUAGUAUGUAUUUAAGGAUGAUGGGUGUGACAAUAGUAAUUUGGCCUAAAUGCACCUUGCUUUCCUUGCUUGAGGGUGGAAGGAGUCUGCUUCUGUGUCUAUUCAAGGCAAGCAAUUAGGUAGCAUGGACAGUAUUUCUGCUGUUUCAGGGACAAGGAAGACUCUUUGCUGUCCAAAACAGAGUUUUGAAGUCACUCUUAAUGCUCUUGAAUAGGAAAACCAAACACCUCCUUUCAAGUGUGUAUUUUUUAAUGUAAGUUAUUGGAGCAGAGAGAACACAUUCAGAGUUUGAUGGUGAAGUUCAGUGUGGAGACUUGGCUGUGUCUGGUAAUUUAUAGAGGGUACCCUUCCUUCUCUGCAAAUCUGUAAGAGCCCACAUUGUGUGGCUGAGAUUUCUUAAUCAUUUUUUGCCUUACUUUUUGUGUGUGGACCAGAUAAAUGAUUCCACUGAAAACUGGCAAGAGAAUUCCACAGUGUUUUUCCAAAUUGCUUUAACACCUUCUGUAAGGAGCAAGUGAGUGACUCAAAUCUGAGCUCCUGCAAAUAACUCUUCACCAUCCCUGCUGUGCAUUGCAGGGGUUGGGUGCUAUCUUCAGUGAACAUGGAGCAAAAUCUUGUCUACAGUGGAAAAUUUUCAAUGUCUUUAGUUCCUUUUCUAAUAUGAAGAGGUUUGGCAAUGCUAAACUAUUAAAAGCAUAUUCUGUGAGCUUUUAAGGUGAAAAUAUUUUAGACAUACAAGUGGAUGAAGACAAUUCCUUAAACCUCUUGCUUUAAAAGUGCAGGGGCAGCAUCGUUGUGUCUUUCACUAACAAAGUCCUCCCUAGGAGAGAAAUCUCUAAAUUGUUACUUGCUAUGUCACAUUGUUGGUGACUUGUUUCCCCUAUCACUUACAUAAACCAGCAGGAUAAACAGGCACAGGAAAUGACUGGGAAUUGUGCAUUGUUGGAAGAUGAUGUUAAGUACCCGCUGCUGUGAAAAAUACUCAGUCCAACUUUUUAAAGAAGAUUUCACUCCUGCUUGUUUUGUCAUUUUAAGCAUAAAGGAUAAGUUUUUCUUGUAACUCUGGAAGGGGAGGUGUGGAAUUACGGCAGUAAAUUUAUUUUUCCUUUGAACACUCUUUCCCUGCUGAGUGAUUGUGCUGGAAUUCCUCUAUCAAAAGGGUUUCUCUGUCGACAAUUACCAUGAUCCUUGUCUUCAUCCCAGCUUUGAAUCCACCGGGCUAUUGAAUAGGCAAAUAAAACCGGCUGGUUCAGGAAGAUGAAACAAAGUAUCUGCCUGAAUUUCUAAUUUCAUUAGAGGCAAGAAGAGCCACGUAGACAUCAAGAGGAGGGGAUGACUCUUUAUGCUCACCCCCCUGCCAUGACUGAAUUUGCAGGAAGAUCAGCUGAGAGCAAGCCCCAGCCUUGCUGCACGGCCCUUCACCUGCAAUGCAGUGCUGGGCAGCUGCAGCUGGCUGCUGGAGGCAAAUCCCUCUUCUCCUUCACUCUUGCACAAAGCUUUGCUGCAUUUGAGGAGAGCCAGCCCCUCUGCCUGCUGCUGAUGUCCCCCUCCCUCCCCAGCACUCUGGUGUCUGACUUUUGAUGGCUUUUUCGAAAACUAUUGGGCUGUCUUCAGGAAUAUCUGUACCCAUGGGAGGCCGUGCUUCUUGCAGACCUGACACCCAGCACCGGGGCCCUGCUGCUCAAUCUGAGAGUGAUCUUCCAGAGCAAGAGGAGGAAAUCCUGGGGUCAGAUGAUGAUGAGCAAGAGGAUCCAAAUGAUUACUGUAAAGGGGGUUACCACCUUGUGAAAAUUGGAGAUCUCUUCAACGGGCGUUACCACGUGAUCCGCAAGCUUGGAUGGGGUCACUUCUCCACCGUGUGGCUGGCUUGGGACAUCCAAGGGAGGAGGUUUGUGGCAAUGAAGGUGGUGAAGAGCGCAGAGCACUACACAGAAACAGCACUGGAUGAAAUCAAAUUGCUGAAAUCGGUCCGCAACAGCGACCCGAAUGAUCCAAGCAAAGAGAGAGUUGUUCAGUUAUUAGAUGACUUCAAGAUUUCAGGAGUGAAUGGUUCCCAUAUCUGUAUGGUGUUUGAAGUUCUAGGGCAUCAUCUCCUGAAGUGGAUCAUCAAGUCAAAUUAUCAGGGUCUUCCACUCCCUUGUGUCAAAAAAAUCAUCAAACAGGUUCUUCAGGGUCUGGACUACUUGCAUACCAAAUGCAGAAUCAUCCACACAGACAUAAAGCCUGAGAACAUCCUGCUGUGUGUCAAUGACCAGUACAUUCGCAGGCUGGCUGCAGAGGCAACAGAGUGGCAGAGAUCUGGGGCUCCCCCACCCUCUGGCUCUGCAGUGAGCACUGCACCACAGCCUAAACCAGCUGACAAAAUGUCAAAGAAUAAGAAAAAGAAGUUGAAAAAGAAGCAGAAAAGACAGGCUGAGUUGUUGGAGAAGCGAAUGCAAGAGAUAGAGGAAAUGGAGAAGGAAGCAAACCCUGAGCAGACACAGCCUGAGGAGGAGGAAGAAGCUCAGACCCCUCUGGAAAUGCUCAUAAAAGUCAGUCCAUCAGAGGAAAGUAUCAGCAAAAAGCCAGCAGAAGCCCUUGGACAGGAGGGAUCUAAUCUCAUGGAAAGCAGCGUGGAAAAAGGUGGGACAGAAAUCAACUGCAACGGAGUGAUCCCCAUGACAGACUUGACAGACUCUGGGAACGAGGGCUCCGUGCGACUCGAGGACGACCUGCACAACGCCAAUGACUGUGGCAGUCAGCCUCACCCCCAGCAGAACGAGAGCUUGCACAGCUGUAAUCACACUCAGCACAACAGUGACUCGGAGAUCAGGCCCCAAGAAGCAGUGUUGGACUUGUUUGUGCCCUUGGUCCCCGAGGAUUCCAUGGUGUGCCAGCCCGUCCCCAGCCAAGAGCAGGCGCUCAGCGAGCAGGGGAUCAACAAUUUCCAGGAAAGCAUCAGGACAGAGACCCCUUCAGAGGAUGAGAAUGAGACUAACAGCCCCACAGACAACAAAGGAAAAUCAGCUGCUGGGAAUUUCCUUCUUAAUCCUCUUGAGCCCAAGAAUGCAGAUAAGCUCAAAGUGAAGAUAGCUGACCUAGGAAACGCCUGCUGGGUGCACAAGCAUUUCACUGAGGACAUCCAGACGAGGCAGUACCGCUCGCUGGAGGUGCUGAUAGGGUCGGGGUACAACACCCCUGCUGACAUCUGGAGCACAGCCUGCAUGGCCUUUGAGUUGGCAACAGGGGACUAUCUAUUCGAGCCUCACUCUGGGGAAGAUUACUCACGAGAUGAAGAUCAUAUUGCAUUGAUCAUAGAACUUCUGGGGAAAAUACCUCGCAAGCUCAUUUUGGCAGGAAAAUAUUCCAAGGAGUUUUUCACCAAGAAAGGUGAUCUGAAGCACAUCACCAAACUGAAGCCCUGGGGCCUUUUUGAAGUGUUGGUGGAAAAAUACGAGUGGGCCCAAGAUGAGGCAGCUGGAUUCACAGACUUCUUACUCCCUAUGCUGGAGCUGAUCCCAGAGAAACGAGCCACAGCAGCAGAAUGUCUCAGGCACCCCUGGCUGAACUCCUAG